AUGAUAAAGUCUAGAAGAGUGCAGGUGCUCCUGAUUCUGGCAGUUCUGUCCUUCCUACUGGUCCACUUCCACUUCCUACCCUGCAGCAACAAUGCCCCAGUGGAAGAAAAGCCUUCUCCGGUCCACAUCCUCAUUCUCUCCUCCUGGAGGUCAGGAUCUUCCUUCACUGGACAGAUCUUCAGCCAGCACCCCAGCGUCUUCUACCUGAUGGAGCCUGCAUGGCAUGUGUGGGUUAAGAUGCACCAGAACAGUGCCGAAGUCUUACACAUGGCAGUGCGGGACCUGGUCAGGUCAGUCUUUCUGUGUGACAUGUCUGUGUUCGAUGCUUACAUGUCCAGCCAGAAGAAAAAGUCAGAUUUAUUUCAGUGGGAGACAAGCCGAGCCUUGUGCUCCCCCCCUGCCUGUGACUCAUUCAGUCGCAGCGACAUAAUCACGGCGGGCAAUUGCAGAACCAUGUGUGGCAAGUACCCAUUCAGCAAGGUGGAGGAAGCUUGUAAAACCUACAGCCACAUUGCCGUCAAAGAGGUUCGGUUCUUUGACCUGAAAGUUCUCUACCCCCUUCUCACCGAUCCAUCCCUGAACCUCAAAAUCAUCCACUUGGUCCGUGAUCCUCGGGCUGUGUUCAGGUCGCGAGAGAAUACAGUGGCAGACCUGAAACGUGACAGUGACAUUGUCGCGGGGUCCCAAAGGACAAAAGGAGAAAUGGGGCCCUACAAUACAAUGCAAGUAAUCUGCAAAAGCCAUGUUGAGAUUUACAAGGCAGGCAGUCACGCCAUUCCCAGCUUCCUGAAAGACCGCUACCUGCUGGUUCGCUAUGAAGACAUUGUCAGAGACCCGCUAGCAAGGGCUGCCCAGAUGUACAGGUUUGCAGAACUCCGUUUCACACCAGAACUUCGGAACUGGGUGCACAACAUCACCCACGGGAAGGGGCAAGGAGUGCAGGCUUUUGAUAUUGGCUCCAGAGAUGCACUGAAUGUAUCCCAGGCCUGGAGGAAUACCCUUCCAUUCCAGAAAAUACAAAAAGUGCAAGAUGUGUGCAAGGAUGCAAUGGAUUUGCUGGGCUACCGGCUUGUUCAGUCUGAAGAAGAGCAAAAGGAUAUGUCAUUGGAUCUUUUGUUUGCCCAGAAAUCCUCUGAGUAA